AACGGCUGAAUCAUCAAGAAGUAGUACUCCCAUUUCAAAUCCCACGUCUAACCUACAUCCUCGAUCACGGUCACCAUCACAAUCACGAACGCCCUCCCCUCCCGCCGCAAAUUCCAAACCCCACUACGCACGAACCCCAAGAAUUCCCACCCCUCAUCCCUCCUACCCUCCACCCCCACCACCAACCUCCCAUCCCAACUCAAAACCCUAACCACCACCCUCCACCACACACGCGAAACCCUGCACCUCCUCCAAAACGCCCAUUCCACCCUGCACAACAACUACCUAACCCUGGACACACAACACCGACAUCUACGCUCCACCCACGCCAAUUGUCCCAGUAAUUCCGAAGUGCAAAGUCGUAUUACAGCAUUGAUGCUAGAUCGUGAUGCUUUCCGCGAGGCGUAUAAUGAGGCGAUGGGGGAGAUGAGGGGGAAGGAUGAGGAGAUUAUGGAGUUGAGGGGUCAGGUGAGGGGCUUGAAGGAGUGGGUUAGUAGUAGUGGGCGGGGUGGGGUUGGGGGAACAGGUUACGGAUGAGGUGGUUAGGGAGAGGAUGCAGUGGAUUGGGAAUGCGUUGCAGAAUUGGGUGAUAACGAAUUUUAGGAGGGGGAGAAUUGGUAGGUUUGGUGAUUUUUUAUUAUUUUUGGCACCUUUUUUGCUAUGCAUGCAUUGUGGAGGGGGGUUUUCAUGAAUGUGUAUUACGUGAAAGAUGGGGAAUGUUUGUAUUGAUAUUGAUAAGCUGGUAUAAUUCAGUAUUAUCAAACUGACUUGUAAUAGAUUUAGACAAAGCUCCGGAUGACGUACGGCAGCAAUUAGACCAAUGGGUACCCAUGUACCAGCAUCUAGCAACAUCAUCUAAAAUAAACUUCAUACAAUCCCUCGUAUCAAGUCUAUUAGUAUAUGACAUCUUCCAAGCAUAUUUUGUCGGUCUUCCAAAACAACAAGCAAUGGAGCUCGCGCAAACCGAAACAACCUUGAGUUCGUACGGUAAGAGAUAUAAUCCUAAAUGUCCGAGGUCGUAAAGCUAAUGAAGAUAUCGAAGGUUCCGAAGAUGCUAUGAACCAAUGGCGUUCCACCACUCUCGGAAUCCUAUUAAAAGAAGCUCCUGAAAAGCUCAAAUCCGAUACAGCCAUUGUGGUUGAUACAUUCGUUGCGCAACUCAACAGUCUUCUGGAUCCGAUAUGUGACGUUCCAAGUUCGGAAGCUAGAGACCAAUCGCUUAAAACUAUAAUUCAUAGCGCUAUUGAUCUUUCGCGAUUAUUGCGAGUUCAAAAGGCAGUAUUUAGCAUUAUGAUGCCGGUGAUUGAGGGAUAUCAAAGAAUCAUGUUUGAUGAGGAGAGAAUGGAAGAUAUUGGGGGAGAGGAUGAAGAUACUUUGAACGAGCGAGAAAUUAGCUGCGUGACGUUUCCUGGGAUUGUAAAAGCUGGAGAUGAAAAUGGAGAACGGAAUUAUUUGGUUAAUAUUGUUGCGAAGAUGAAGGUACUUUGUGCACCUGAUUGAAGGGCAAGCAAGGAAGGAGAGGAAGGAGGACAGUAGCAUCUUCAUCACCGAUUACACAAAAAGGAUACCCGCGGGAGAGAGUGGAGAAGCUCUGUCUGUUACGCUGCUCUGUGACUCUUGUAUCAUGCAGCAACAAUGGGGGAGUCUUAAGUGAUAGGUUAAAUGAUAUCUUCAGACAGUAAAUCCAGCAGAUAUAGUGGAAGAGGAGUGCUGAUUCCAACAAACAAACAUAUGUGUAUGAUACGUGUACACAAUUUAAUAUCACAUAUAAUGGUUACACAGAUACCGUG